GAGAGAGGGAGACUCAAUAGGAGAAGCUGCAAGGAAACACUGAGUGCUCGCUAUUCCCUGCUUCAUGGCUGCCGUCGCCCGCAGCGCGCCUCUGCCGGAGGGGAGCGCACUUGUUGAGGACCCGCAGUUUCAGGAGAUGGUACGGAGGAGCCGCAGCUUAACACAAAAGAUCCUGCUCUCCAUUCCCGACACCCACAGAUCCUGCAUCCACACAGAGGCUCUACAGCUGAAUUCCUCAGAUAAUACAAAGUUUGAGAUAAUGGCUUCCAACAUCGGCAUCCCCUCUGCUCCUGUACUCAGACCUGUGUCAGAAAACUUCUCUUUGAAAACCUGUCUGACACAGAUGUCUGAGGGUCUUCAGCUGCACCGGGCCUUACUGAGCUCCGUCUCUGAGCGGCUGUCAAACAAAAACAAAGUUAUUGAGCUGAUGGCUGACAUCAGAGACCUCACCAUUCAGAUCACUAAGAUGCUGAAAAUGGUCCAGAGAGAGGCGGUGGUGCAGCCGUCCCCGACCCCUGUUGCUUUACGUCUGCCAGGGGAAUAUGAGGUUCAGGUGGCAGCACACCUGAUUCUGGUCCAGCUCCAGGCUUUUGGGCAGGACACGGUCCGUUGCCUCAGGAGUCUGGACUGCAGCAAAGAAGAGGAGACAGAAAGCUGACCAAUAAGUGCCAGACUCUAAAUGCUUUUGGCUUAUGUCCAAAAUGUAACUUAUCCUGCCAUUUUUUUAAUGGCAUUUAUUUAUCUGUUGAGUGUUUAUUUAUUAUUAUUUUUUAAAUCUAUGUAUUUAUAUAUUUAUUUACAAAAUUGGACUAUGGUAUAUUUAUUGAGGGAAUUUAUUUAUUGAUAACAAGCUUUGUAUUCCUCAGCCCUCUUUUUGUUAACUGUUACUGUGGCAACUUGUUUUAACGCAGGCCUGCUGACUUCCACUAAAAGUACUUCACUGUAUUUGCAUGACAUAACAACUCUCAGACAAAAUAAACGUGUGUGUACAUUAUUUAACAACCCAAAAAGUUUUGCUUACAGAUGGGUUUGCUUACAGAGUUUAGUAACAAUAAUGUAUAAGAGAACUCUAAGUUUAGAGACACUAUUGAAGUUCAUUUUAGGUGGGUGGGCGCACAUUUAUGAGGUAAUAUUUUCUGUUUCUGUUAAAUAAAACGAAUUAUUUUUAGAUGAAACUUAUUUUUCAAUCUGUUUGCAUUUCCUGAUGUUUCAAUAAAACAAACA